AUGGUCAAGUGCGCAGUGAAUGGAUUCGGCCGCAUCGGUCGCUUGGUCUUUCGAUACGCAUGGGAUGAUCCUACCUUGGAAAUCGUCCAUGUAAAUGAUGUGUGUUCGUGCGAGAGUGCUGCCUACUUGGUCCAGUACGAUUCCGUGCACGGGACAUGGGCAAAGACCGUCGAAGAAACCGAAGAUGGCAAGGGCUUUACCGUCGAUGGCAAGCUGGUCACCUUUUCCCAAAAACAAGAUUUUACGGAAGUUGAUUUUGCCGCAAUGGGUGUCGAAAUGGUCAUGGAAUGCACCGGAAAAUUCCUAAAGGUUGCCACGCUGUCUCCCUAUUUUGACAAGUGUGGCGUCAAGCAAGUGGUAGUCUCGGCUCCCGUCAAGGAAGAAGGUGCUCUCAAUGUGGUGCUGGGAUGCAACCAUCAGAAACUCAGCAAAGAAACUACCUUGGUCACAAAUGCGUCUUGUACCACCAAUUGUUUGGCGCCAGUGGUCAAGGUGAUUCAAGAGAAUUUUGGUAUUGUGCAUGGCUGCAUCACAACAAUCCAUGAUGUGACGGGAACACAAACCCUUGUGGACAUGCCCAAUACCAAAAAGAGCGAUCUUCGCCGUGCUCGAUCGGGCAUGGUCAAUUUGUGUCCCACAUCCACGGGAUCGGCCACGGCCAUUGUCGAAAUUUAUCCCGAGCUCAAGGGCAAACUCAAUGGAUUGGCGGUACGUGUCCCACUCUUGAAUGCCAGCAUUACCGAUUGCGUCUUUGAAGUCAAGCGUGCGGUGACCACGGAAGAAGUCAAUGAAGCCUUGAAAAAGGCGUCGGAAGCAGGUCCCUUGAAGGGCAUUUUGGGAUUCGAAGUCAAGCCAUUGGUCAGUACGGAUUACACCAAUGAUACACGAUCGUGCAUUGUGGAUGCACUCUCCACCCAAGUCAUUGAUGGAACCUUGAUCAAAAUCUAUGCUUGGUAUGACAAUGAGGCGGGAUAUUCCAAGCGAAUGGCGGAAUUGUGCAACAUUGUGGCCGCACAGAACAUUACCGGAACUGAGCCUACGUUCAAGUAUGAAUGA